AUGUGGGCGGUUUCCGGGCUGGUGGUGGUGUUUCCGGGCGAUGUGCAGAACAGAGCAGAGGAGCAGGCCAAGUCGCCUAUCGGGCAGCAGCUGAUGGAGUACUCGCUGGAGAAGACGGCGGAGAGGCUGGGUGCAAAGUGGCCAGACAAGGCGGUGUUUGUGGUCGCGCCGAAGAGAAUGGUGGAGGACAAGGCAGUGUACGACAACAUGCUGCUCGGUGGGCGGGCGCUGGUGUAUCUCGAUGCGCUGGUGGAUGGGAUGCGGCAGCACAUUGGAGCAAGCUCGGCGCUGCCGGUGCACCUUGUUGGAUUUUCAUCGGGUGCAGCUGUUGUCAACCGGGUGCUCACCGAAGUCCUCGACUCGUUCCGCGAGCCAGUUCUCGCCGCAUCGCCGGAUGGAUCGAUCAAGCCGAUUGUGCGGCUGAUGUACGACAAGGCGGUGGCAGCCAACGUCAAGGUUCAGGAGAUGUUCUUUGGCCGCCUCGUGUCGAUGACCUGGCUCGAUGCCGCCAACGGCCCGCCGCUCGGCGAGCAGCACACCUCGGACGAGGUGCUCGAAGCUUUUGCAGCGCGCGCACCUGACGGCUGGCGCCUCUCAGCACGCAUCAUCUCCAGCGAGUGGCAGGUCAACGACCCCCGGCGUCCAUGGAUCCGGCCAUCCCUUGCCGCGCUCUUUGACCUCCUGCAGAAGCUUGACCACGUCGACGCAUCUUGGGACGCGCCGCCGGAGCUCGUGCCCGACGACGAUGACAACAGUGACGACGCAGCGACCGAGGGAGACGCAGUGGCUACAGCAGCUGCCGACGACGCCGAAAUAGUGCGUACGCUCCAGGCGCACUUUGCCAUGCUCGACGAGUUUGAUCUGUAG